GACGCAAAUGCCAUGUUUUACUGCAACACGUGUAACCAGCCACUCUGCAGCUCCUGCCGUGAUGACACACACAGAGCAAAAAUGUUUGCACGUCACGAGAUUGUAACUCUGGCCAAACGCACCAAGGCGCUGCAUAAGAAAUGCCCUCUUCACGAGGAACCGUACAUCAUGUUCUCCACGGAGAAGAAGUCCAUGCUCUGUAUCAACUGCUUUCGGGACAUGCAAGUUGAAAGUCGAGCCCACUGCAUCGAUAUUGAGACUGCAUAUGUGCAAGGCUGUGAGAAGCUGGACCAGGCUGUGAUGGCAGUGAAGGAGCUUCAAACGUCCACACGAGAAGCCAUCAUCCUCUUGAAGGCCAUGAUCAACGAAGUGACAGCCAAUGUCAUUGAAGAGGAGUCAGCCAUCAGCUCGCUGUUCAACAGUAUGCAGGAAAAACUAGCUGAGAGGAAGAAAAUACUGCUGAAAACAGCUCAGAAUCAACAUGAAGAGAAAGAGAAAGCUUUUAAAGAGCAGCUCUCGAAUAUGGCUGCACUGUUACCCACCCUUCAGGUCCACCUUGUCACCUGUUCUGCUUUCCUCAGCUCUGCCAAUAAGUUUGAAUUCCUGGACUUGGGCUAUCAACUCAUGGAGAGACUGCAGAAAAUUGUUAAACUCCCCCAUCGCCUGAGGCCCACACAGAGCAGCAAGAUUAACACGGAGUACAGACCAGAGUUUGCCCGGUGCCUGGAGCCCCUGCUCUUUCUGAACCACCGGCGUUCCGGAUCUAUGACCGGAGGAGGCCCAGGAAAUGGAAUCAGCAAUGGAAAUGGAAUGUAA